UCUAUUGUCCAAAUCUUGUCUGUGGCGGAGCAAAUGCAAUCGAAGCCGCAAUUCGAAGCUUGGUUUGGCAUCGUGCAGCAGUUAGCGAACUCCCUGAUUCUCCUCAAUUCGGCAAGUAACUUUCUCAUUUACUUUUCGAUGGGGAAGGAGUUUCGUACGGCGUUUUCCGACCUCUGUUGUUGCAGGAAGAGGCGCAUUCGAUCAGCACUGCAGUCUGAUAGGGACUCCCGAUCAGUCUCAAGCACUCGCACGAGUUUUGUCAAUCUGGAGUCGGCGAGCCUGUAAAUUGCAAGGACUCGAGCGAGAAUGCAAUAUCUUGAGUUGUCGCAAGAAGCCGAACGUCCAAUGCCCCUUCAGACGAUGUACGAAAAAAACUCUGUUGCAAACUGUUGAACCCCUCCACAUCACCACAACAAUACACUACCUGUUUCUCCACAUGGACAUGUACAGUACAUGACAUUCUUAUCAUUUUGAUACAUGCAAUCAUUAUGUUAGACUUUUCCCGGCCUUCUUGCACAGUAAGUGACUUGUUCUCAUAAGACCAAUUUGGGUUUAAACUACUAUCGGCACAGAGGAAUCAUAAAUCAAACACCCUCACACAGCACAGUCUCUCAGCAAAUGUAAUGAGAAGGAUGACUUGUAAUGCGUUUUCAUUACACCUAGGCCUAGUAUUGAAGAGAUAGACAGGGAAUAGGUGGUAUCAAUUUCGUAACUUUGAAGAAGAAUUCCCUAUUGGGAAAAGAACACUUAACGAUUCACAAAGUUUUUAACGGAUACCGGCGCAAAGGCGUGGAAUUAUCUAGUUGGAACCGUAUCAAGAUCCGAACAUUUGAUUAUAAGGCAGACCGUGUUCAUUACAGCAAUGAUAAUCGUUUUUAUCUCUACCCAGGGGAAAUUGGCGAAUUCAUAUUUAGCGAGGUAUAAAGUAGUGAUAAAUGUUAUCAUCAUAUUGUCAUAUCAAGAAACGAGCCAUUUAUUAUCAUUGUGUCAAAUAAGCAGACAAUUACACACAUAGCAUCCAACAUUACUCAGCAUCACUAUACAUAUAUACACAUAUAAAUACGAGAAAAUUGUGUAUCUGAGGGCAGACCAUCUGAGGCUAGUCCACGUUUGUUUCGUGUAGGAUUUGGAAUUUCGGAAGUACGACUUCUGAACAGGAUGUUGCUAAACGGAGUACAUGUAAGCAUAAACAACAUCUAGCUCAACGAAAUGGUCGCCGGGAUGAAAUAUCUUUUGGUUGCACUAAUAAGUUUAUUUUCCUUUGGCGAUGUAUCAGGAAAGAUCCCUGAUAAGUUUAACAAGACAUUUUUUACCGAUGAUUAUGACAACACGAUUCGGCCCGGAGCGAAUGAAGACAAUGCGACGAAUGUCAGUGUAUUUUUUCACGUGAACACCAUUGGAUCUAUCAGCGGAAUCUCAAUGGACUUUCAUCUCGAUAUUUACCUCCAGCAGAGCUGGUUGGAUGAGCGUUUGAGCUUUAACGGUACUAAAAGAGUUCCAUUGAGCCAGUCCAUGCAGAGGCUUAUUUGGUGGCCCGAUACAUAUUUUCUCAAUGAAAAACGUGGAAAGCAACACGACGUAACGACCACCAAUGAAUAUGCCCACCUUUCUCCUGAUGGGAUAGUAUCUGCCAGUCAACGAUUUUCGCUGCUCCUGAAUUGUUUUAUGGAUCUCCACAACUUCCCAAUGGACUCACAAGAAUGCAGUUUAAUCAUUGGAAGCUAUGGCUACGUUGAUGAUGAGAUUCAUUAUUCAUUUGUCCCAGGCAAACCCACCACAUUUAAUGACGACGUUAUGCUCCCGGAGUUUCGAAUUGACGAGGUUGUUACGGAAUCAUACAGCAAGACUAUGUCUUCGUCUGGUAAUUAUAGUAUGCUGACCUUCACCUUUCACCUUGAGCGCGACUUCGGAUACUACUUGAUUCAGACCUAUAUCCCUAGCAUCAUGAUCGUCAUCCUUUCUUGGGUGAACUUUUGGUUGGACGUGCAUGCCACCCCGGCGCGGGUCUCGCUCGGGCUGCUGACAGUCCUAACAAUGUCAACACAGAUCUCGGGGAUCAACGCCCAGCUGCCUAGAGUCUCGUACGUCAAGGCUAUUGACGUUUGGAUGUCCACGUGUCUAAGUUACGUGGUUGCUGCGUUACUCGAGUUCGCGGUUGUUAAUGUUGUCACGAGACGAGACGAGUUGAAGAUGAGGAAUUUAGAGAAACGGAGAAAGGCUGAGGCGGAGGUCGCAGCUGCUAAAAAGAGGGAGGCAAAUCUGACGGGAAAAAAUGAUGACGGUGGCGAGGGUAAAGGAAUAGACGAAACCACCACAAAGAAGCAGCGCUUAGACGGCUUGGUGUUGCGUCUCCUACAGCAAAACAGGGAAGUGUUGAAGAUAAGGAACGCACGGAAGGUGGAGAAGACGUGUAGAUUGGCGUUCCCUGUAUCGUUCUGCUGUUUUAUUGUGUUUUACUGGCUACAUUACUGGUGUAAAUGGUUCACGCAUAAAUACAAGUGCAAGCCUUGA